AUGAGAACCAAAUUGAUGUCAAAACGAACAGAACAGCAAGAAAUAGCGCAUCAUAGUUGUCUGUAUCAAACAUAUGAGCACACCAUCGUGUUUAUCUGCAAAAAGAUGUUAAUAGCAACAAAAUAUGAUUAUCAGGCUUAUUCAACUGAAUUUGAAGGUAUUAAACACAAAGACAAUGAAUAUCAUAAAACAAAGAGUUUGUUCCACUUCUGCUAUUUUGGGCGGAAAUGUAACAAAAACAAUAUGAUGAUUUCAGGUUAUUUGGGUAUCUUUGAAUUGAUUACUUGA